AGCUUUUAUUCCUUAGCAAUGGAGGCAUUUCCAUGGUAUCAAGCAGAUGGCUGAAAUAAGCAUCUUUCCUAAAUCAAGCUACAUGUUGAAGCCUAGAAUCUAUGUAAGGUAUGAAAAAGCUACAAGCAGGAGGAAUGAGGGGGUGGGGAUGAAGGAAGAAGGAGGAGGAAAAGACAGGGGGUGGAGAGUAACACUGGAGAGCAGCAGUGGUCCAGCCCCUCAGAAUCUGAAAAGCAUCACAGGAGCCUCUGGAUAAAGACCAGCCUCAGUAGCAAGGCUAGGAGACAGAGGAUUUCUGCUCAGUGAUAAAACAUGAAACAGAUGUGAGGAAGCAGUAUGGAGCUCAAGAGAGGAAAGACCUUCAUAAAAUCCAGUGUGCAACAUGAGAAAGUGCCACCAGUGCACACAGUUCCUAUUAACAAAGACGACACGGGGAAAGAUAAAAAGGCAGCUCUGGAGGGAAACCAAAGUGUAGCUGAAGUCCAGCUGGCAUGUUUGGCCACCCACAAGAACUACAGAUUUUCUACCAGAGCAGCAAGGAAUGGAGCUGGUGACAACAGCCUGGAAAAAUCAUCUGGGUCCUCCUACAAACUUGUAAGGAAGAGUAAAACCCAUGACUGCGUUACUGAGGCAGACAAAACAGAGCAGUGCAGCCCCAGCAGCAGGGCUUGUGAGGAAGGUUUUUCUGGAAAGGGUAAGGGGCGACUUGUCAAUAGCAUCAGCUUUUCAGGGAUGUCCAGCUCCAGCAGUAAGAAAGAGUGUGUGGUCAGCCCCAGCCAGUCUGCAUGCAGCAGUCAGAUGAUUGAUUACAGGAACUUUGUGCCACAGAUGCCUUUUGUACCAGCUGUUGCAAAAACCAUUCCCAGGAAGAGGAUUUCCCUCAAGAGAUCUAAGAAAGGGCUCAGAGAUAUAUUUCAUAUAAAAAAAAAUAAACCAGACAACCUCACGUUCCUGGUUGAGAAGGACAAGAAUUUGUCCUCUCCAGGCUGCAAGAGUGAGUCUUCUCGGCGUCUUGCAAAGUAUCUUUUCAAAACCGGAGAAACGUUUGCAGCUGACUGCUUGUCACAAGACUGCUCGGACAGUGAACUGCAGUCUGACUCUUCCUAUGACUGCUGCAACACCCUGUGUGAAGAUGUCGCCUCGCUGAAAAGCUUUGACUCCCUCACUGGCUGUGGGGAAAUCUUUGCUGAUGAGAGCUCUGCUCACCUGGAGUUGGAGAACAGCAAAGAAGUUCUGCUGAGACGAAGCAAGCACAAAGAUAGCCCUGUCAUGGGCUCUUUCCAAGGGGGUGUGGAGCAGCUGGCCUCUCCUGGCCAGAAUGAGACUGUUGAAUUUGCAAAGUUUUGGGACAACAUCAACAAAUCGGUGAGGCUACACCAGAGUGCUCUGUUUGAUAAGAAGUUACUGAAGAUACCUGGUCCUGACAUGGAAAAGGCUAGAAGCCAGGCUGCUGCAUCUGUGACAGACCCCCAAGUCUCACCUGAUAAACAUGGUGACAAUUCCAAAGAAAGCUCCACAGAAACAGGAACGCCAAAAAGUGACAACCAGGAAUCCACAUCCACAAGUGAUGAAGGCUACUAUGAUUCAUUCUCUCCUGGACAAGAUGAUGAAAUGAAGGAAGCUCAGACCCCUAGGGUCCCAGGUAGAUUUCCAAGAGACAGCUACAGCGGAGAUGCUCUUUAUGAGCUCUUCUAUGACCCAAAUGAAGUCAAAAUAAACCCAGUCCUAGACGAUGACUUGUGCACAUCUGAAAGCAUUUCAGAACAAGCCAUUGAAAUCCCUUUGUCCAUCUACAGCUUUCAUGUUGGAGCUGAGGAGAACAUGGCUUCCCAACCAGCUCUAGACAUUAUCAGCCAGGGUUUUUUCCACAGCACAUGGAAAGGCAAAGAAUGUUUGCUAAAGCUCUGCGAUACUGAGCUUUCCCUGACCAUGGGGAUAAUAAACUGGCUGCGAAAACACUCGGGACUUGUUUCCUCCUCUGACUCUCUUCAGAGUCCUCAAUCACAGCCAGAAAAGUCUAAUGAUUCUUUAAUCCUGCCAAACCCCAGUCCAGAGCAGAAAGUAAGCGCAGAAGCUCAGCAGGAGAAACCAAGCAAGGAAGAAUCUAAUACAUUUAACCUACUUGUGUCUUUGGAUGAAACCAAACAUGCAACCCAGGCCUCUUCAGUAAACAUUGUUGAAAGAGACCACAGCCUGGACUCUUGCCCUAACACAUCCAAUUUGGAUUUCCAAGGAAGGGAAGAGAGUCACCACAAGGAUUCAUCUAUAGUGCCUGGGACUGUGGAAACCACCAGAGCAUCAAGUUAUGCACCACAAUCACAGGCUAAUGGAAGCAAUCUGCAGACAUCUUCAACUGAGAAUGAGAAGGUGACAAUUUCAGAAGGAUGUGAGACAUCUGGAGAUAAAAACCCACUGCCAGAAAAGCUGAACAGACAGAGUGGCUCCCAGAGCUCUGAAAACCUUUCGUUAGAUGAUAAUCACGAAGUAGAAUCAUGUUACUCCUACAAGACUGCUGCAACCUCACUCUUGGAUCCCCUUGAGAGGGAGGACAGAAAUAAACCAAUGUAUCACUCUCUCCCUAUUUCCUGUGACAAACCGCUACAGCCUCUUACUCUCAGACGCUUACAGAGCUACGUUAGCCCCACACCAACGGAGAGCAGCACUAACAUAGUGCAGCUCUUAGAGCGCUGUGUAACACAAGUGGCAUCAUUAAAAAUCAGCUACGAAAACAAGCACCUGGAAGACAAAUGCAUUGGGAAUGAAAUGAACAAUAUCAUUCGUAAGAUGUCUCAGUGCAAAAACAAGUUAUUGUUGCAAAAUGAAUGCAACUGCAUUGCCCAAAAUCCAGAAUACUCCAGUAUUCCUAGCACAAACCAAUACAACUAUGAGACAAGCUUCCAAUCCAGCAGUCUUUAUCAUCUGCAGAAAAAUGGAGAGCAAAUUUGCUCUGAAGAUCAGAAAUGUACAGCAAAAAUACUAGAUGAGGUCACUAGAAGCAAGAUAAAUUUUGAAUAUGCCCAGCUAAAUAAUCAAGCGCUCUCCUAUUUAAAAGACUUUAGAUUUGAUCUCAGUCCAAGUGACUCUGCCCCUGCUACAACUCUUAGUAGACCAACAUUUUUACCUCUCUUUAACUCUGCCUGCUCAGACAUACCUGCUACGUUUUCACAAGCUUCAUACAGUACCGCCUCUCUGGCUGACUCGCUGCAACCUAAGGAAGUCAAGCAGUGCAGCGCAGGGAGGUGGAGUUAUGCAGAGACCCCCUGCAAGGGCCUGGCUGGAGGGACCGGUCUGUCCCCUCAUCCAGAGGCAGUGACCCCGGACACAGCAGUGACAGGGAGGAGCCACCAGUAACACACCUGCAUUGAGAAGGUGCAACGCUGAAGAACACAUUUGUAGAUAUGGAUGCUGACCCCCCCGUGUAAUAUAGCAUGACAUAGUUCCAUGACAUUAUAUCGAUAUUGGAAUCAACAAGGACUUCUCUCUAGAGAUCCCAUCAGAGGUGUUGCAGCAGAAAAUCAUGUUAGGCUGUCUAAUUGACUAAUAUAGUUAGGAGCUCCUGACAACCACACACCCCUGAAGCCAUGUUUGCAGAUGGGUAGUAACCAAUACUCCUUUCAAAAAAACCCAAACUUCAGUAGGAUUUUGAGAAAAGUCAUGCUGUGACAAGAAGGCUUAAGAAAAAAAGAUGGCAUAUAUCUGUCACAUUGUGCCACACAACAACUGAAAAUACCACUAUAUUUUUAAAACAGGUACGUGCAGAAUGAGCAUUCACCUGGGCAGUUGUUGUGAACAGGUAAAAUUGUUUUCCGUUGUACUAUUUUUUCUUGAAUUUUACAGAAAUACUUUAUAUAUUUUAUGGCAACUGUUUAACCAUCUUAAAGCAACAAGGUUCUAGACUGCAGAUUACAUCAGUAUGGCAAGAUUUACUACCUGUGGAAAGGUAUUUUGUAAACAUACAAAUAAAAAUAUCAGGAAGCAUAAUAUAGUAUGCCCUAUAUUGUCCAAAGACAUGUAUUUAUCAUGUAGCAGAAAUGGAGAAUAGGAUAAAGAGGUAUACUUGAAAAUCACCAUCAAAAAUAUAACUUCUUUGAUUCUGUUUUAAAGGAGAGAAGACAUGCUGCUUACAUCCAUGAUAAGGGCUGUACUUAAUCUUACACAAAGUCUUCUUUUUCCAAAUUUAAAAACCAGUCUCAAAGUACUAGGUAGGAUACAUUGUUAACCCAGUUUUCAUUUUUUCAUGGCAUUCUUGGAGUCAGUUUAACAGAACAGUCAUUAUUUUCAUACCCCAGUUCAAAUCUGGUCUUGGCUGUCUUAUAUGUCUAGGAAUAAAUUGAAAAAAACAACUAUGCUUUGUAGAUGGAACCAGAUGAUCAAAUGGUCCCAUCUGGCCAUGGUAUGUUUGACAAGAUCUUAACAACAUCCUCAUCUAAUAUCCUGCCUCAGACAGUAUUUAGAGACAGUAUCUUUGCACUGAGAUUUGCUGUCUUGGGGAAAAGUGGAAGAAGGACCUAUGAGACUGGGGACUGAAGCAAGAGAAAAAUAAUUCUUUCCCGACUCAACAGUGAGCUCACACCUUGGUACAGAAGAAGGUAACCUUAUUCCUAAAACUCACUGAAGUGGUGAGGAAUUAAUCUCAUUUAGCUUUAUUCAUCAAGGUAACUGUCUGUACUGUGUCUAUAGUAAACUAAAGAUGACAAAUAACUACAGAGGUUGAUGAAAGACUCUCUGGAAAUAUUCCACUCUCUCUAUUGACAAUAUAAGGCUCCUAGACAAAUACCUUAGAUGAGAUGCCUGAAUUUUGAUGUCUAAAGUUAAGAUGAUUUCUACCUUAAACAAUUUAUAAUGCCAAGAAUAUAUAACUACAGUAUUUAAAUGAUGUCUGCAUUUUGCAGAAUCUGGAUUUUAAAAAAGCAUAAUGCAUCAAGACUAUGAUGCUAUAAGACGAAAUCACUUCCCCUAGAUAUGGUAUGCAGUUUCUCAGUAUUGCUGUGUGAUUACCAAGAAGAGAGAGGUUCUCUCUCCCACACCCCAAGACUGCCAAUACAAGUCAACUUUCAGUCAAUUUACCACAAGUAUCUCCUGAAAGUAUGGACUAUAGGUGCCCAAGACCCUCUUCCAUGGCACAAAACUGUAUCUCUGAAGACUGCUAAGAAUUUGCCAUUUAGCCUAUAAAAGACUGAAAUGCCAAGCAGUUCAUCAUAGAGGCAUUUUUUCCUGAAAUACUAAAUGACACAUUAGAUUUGGGCUAAUCAAAUAGUAAUAAACAUAGGGCUUAACAUUCCAGCAUCAGACAGAGUCUGUACAAAAGCUAGUUCCUCACACAAGUAACCCCUUUCCUUUUGUAAUUACUGCACUAACCUCCUUCACUACCUUCACUCACCAACACUCUCUAGUAACAGAGUGCACAGAGCCUUGAGGGAGCAGAGGCAGAAUUUCUCAACCCUGUAGCAUACUGCACAACUCUUCCCUGGAUUUCAAGUUGAGUAACCAACGUCAUGGAGGAAAAGAGGCAACAGAAGGAGAAAAGUCGCUUUGCUGCCACAUAGCAAAGGAGACAGUAUUUCAAAGGAGACUAUUAUUUCUCCUGCCUUACAGGCACAAAGCAACAAAUGAUUUGUCUAACAUUAUUUAUCUCCCAGAUUGGUGUCUUCUUUUUCCUGCUUCUACUCUUCUCCCUGUAAGUCCUACCCACCUGUCAGAGCUACCCAGUCCCUGCUGCUGCUUACGUUAAAAGUAUCCAGAUCUCUUCUCUUGUGGUCUCUGCCCUUCACACAAGAGAAGCAAACAGCUUCUUCCCAGCUUCUUGUUCUGCUCUCCUUACUGACUUUAAAGCUGGGCUCUGUGGUACUGUCAGUGCCCAGACAGCGGUUCCCUUGUGACACAAACCACAGGGAAUGAGCUCAGACAGGGAAGAUGGGCUUUUACGCCUCUUAUGCAGGCCCAACAUUGACACACAUAGCCCACAGUUUCACAUGCACACUCUUCUGUUGGGGGCAGCAGGGAGGCAUACAGAUUUAUGAGCCACCUGCAGCUGUUGAGAUUAUGGACACAUCUAGUUCUAGCAAUAAGUGUAUUGCACUCUGAGAUUCAAAGGUCCUGGGUUCAAUCCAUGCUGCCAGAACAACAACUGUGGAUCUGCAUUACACACCACAGAAAAAAUGCCUGUGGGUAGUCUAUUCUAGUUCUCCCUGUGGAGUUGCAAGACUGCUUGUGCAACGUUGGGGGAAGCUCAAAAAUCUUCAGGGCUUAAUCAUUCUCCAUUUAAAGAACUAACAGAAAAUCCACCUCCUCAACAUCAUAUUGAAUAAGGUGUUUACCAAGAUUGGCUGUAAACUAGUUUGGAGGAAAAUCUUUAAAUUAAACAUUGUAUUACAUGAGCAACAUCUCCUUAGGAAUUGAAGACAUGCUGGUGAAAUGAAUCCAUACAUGUGAAUAUUCAAUUUCUUAUGCAGUGUGUAGCUGUGAGAACGAGUUCGUUCAGCCUGCUUUCAGUCUAACAUACUGUCAUUCCUCUUUGGUGUUAGAUGGCUUUUUAACUUUUAAAUGGAUAAUACAGAAAAUUAAGAUAAAUUAUGAAAAACUGCACAGACUUUUGUGGCUACAAAAUUUCAGAUCAGCUUCUAUGAAACUGCACAUCUAUUUCCUGUCCUGUUUUUACAAGAAUGGAAGCAGUGACCAGUUGUGUCCACACAUAAGAUCAGAAUAAUUAUUAAAUGAAGAACAAUACCUUUGUGCUAAAGACAACCUCCAAAGAGGAAAAAAGAUUUUUUUUCCCAUCUCAUGGUUCACUAAAAUGUAGAAAAAUGUUCUGGAAAAAUUAUUUUUAAAAAGCUAUAUUCUGCUAAAGACAUCAAUCCUUGACAUUUCUUCUUUCAAUGCAGAGUUCACUGGAGUUUCAGAGGUGUUUUGGGAACUCCCAGCACAUAGAUCAGGUACAUGAGUACCCUUAAUAAAACCCCACUUACUGCUUUAAAUUGAGAGAGCACUCUCUACUUUACAGAACGGGAGUGUAAAUAAUCUCAUACUAGUUAAAAUGUCUGGAAAAAAUGUAGGAAGAAAUAUCAGACCCACGUGAACUGUCAGGUAAGUGUUCCUUCCAAAAGCAAAGUAUUAAAAUGGCAUUCAGGCAUUCCAGUCAAAUGUAAGUGAUGUGAACUUAGCAACAAGUCCUAGAAUAACAUUUUGCUUCACUUUUACAAUAUUUCACUGUUCUAAGUAAGUUGGAGUGUUUGGUGGCAAGAUACUGUAAAUGCUUAUGCUUUGCAGCAAAUGCACAGGAUGCACAAUAAAGUUGCAGGAAACUGAGGGAUAUUUAAGAGAGAACAAUGUUACAUAUUCUGGCUUUGACUUAAUGAAAAGGAUAAAGACCAGUGGCACUCUUGGAUGGACAAUGUAUGUGCAUGGUACAUAUAUAUAUACACGCAUAAUGAGUAUGUAUACACACCUAAAAAGAGUGUUUGUGCAAACUUGUUAAGUUCAAGAAUAAGGAAGAAAUCUGAAGCAGGUACCAUUUAAAAAUCCAAGUAGCAGAUUAAUAAAAUUUUCAGUACAACUGUGAUUUAUUAUGUAA